AUGACCAGUUUUGCUGGCUCUGCAAUCGCACAGGGACCCACUGUUGGAAGAAUUGACUUGUGGUCAGAUUGGCAACCGACCACCUGUCAACCAAGAUGGUUACUUCUCUCAGGAGCAUCCAAUCCACCAGAAGACAUCGCCAUUUCCAAAAGAAGAACUCGAGAUGCUCCUGGCGACAGAAGUGGUACAUUUCUUCCAGGGGUUUCCCAUGAUUUAACUAAUAUGCAAGAUACGGUACUAGUCAAAGCUACGUUUUCUAACAUCCUAAUGAAUUUGAAAUUAACCAAGUCUGUUGCUCUCGAAAGUAUUCGCGAAUUAUUUGCUGAUUGCCUAAGCAGAAAGGCUAAACCUAUGAUAUACUAUACUGGGCAUGGCGAGAUUGGCACUGGAAACUGGUGUUUUGCUGAUGGGAAAAUCACUAUCCAAGAAAUUUUGAAUCUGGUGCCUGGAGGCUGUUUUUACCCAAUGAUAUUCAGCGACGCCUGUUACAGUGGCCACUGGUCAAAUUUUUGUCUCAGAAAAGGAAUUGGUGGUUUUCAUUGCGUGGCAGCAUGUCCAGAGUAUUCAACUGCUUUUGAUACUAAAGGUGAGAAAAUCACGGAAUUAUCAAUAUUCAGUCACUUAGAAAUAAAGUCUGUUAAAGCUAAGUAUCAAUGUCAACAUAUAUAAUUCUAUAAAAUCUACGUAACAGCGUAGGCCAAGGAAAGAAGCUCCUGCUACUACGCUACUAUUGCUACUGUUCAUGCCACUGUGUUUUCUAUUGAGUUUACAUAUGGCUAGUAGUUAAUCUGAUAAUGUCGACAAAGCUAUAUUAUCCUUUAAAAUUUUCAAAACUGUCCAAUUAAUUAAUUUGGAUAGUUUCAGAUAGGAAUUUGUUUACAAAACGGCAAACUGUUAAAUUUAAGAAAAAUAGGACUUUUUUCGGAGCCAAUCUAAUGAAAAUAAAAGACAAUAGGCUCUAGAAACUGGCCAUUUAGCGCAAAGUCCCAGUGACAACGUGCCAAAAAAUAUCGUUGGCUGACGACGAUUCGUCGUUACAAAUUUAGACAAUAAAGAAAGAACUAAAUACAUGCAGAUUUUCCUGCAAGCCUGCGGGAUACCAGACACGAGAACAAGCUGUUGGGAGUAGCCUGCGUAGCAAGCGUUUCCUCGCGAGGUUCGUCUAGAAAGCUGGGACAAGAGCAAAAAAAAUGAAUGACGGGGGAGGGGGAGGGGAACGAAGGAACCGCUUGCCCGCAAACCCCACGAUUUUGAAAAACUGCGUUCGCCCACGAACGGAGCUUCUGAUUGGCGCAGUGCGGGUAGUGUUGAUUACUUAGCAUUCGAAACAUCAAUCAAACCAAGUAUGCUUUGUUUUCGUGCGUCACAGAUCUGGUCUCACCCGAUUUGUGGUCGCAGAUUACAAAUGCUUUGGACUGAUAUUUAUUGGAAUCGUGUUUGUGCGAAUCGAAGGUUUAUGAGAUCAGAGUCUUCAAAGUUUAAUUGGAGAUCGAGCAGUGGAGACUAGGGAAGGCCAAUUUCUUGAGAAUGACGGCGUGCGGAUCUGACUGGAAAAACUGGACUGUUUGUUGGAGAUAAUACAGUGGAACCCCGUUAAUGCGACCACCGUUGGGCCAUAAAAUCCUGGUCGUAAUAACGAGGUGGUCGCAUUAACGGGGUCCUCAAAAUAAUAAAAUGACUCAAUGGUUUUUACGUUUGCUUCGAAAGAAUAUGGCCGUAAUAACGAGGUGGUCUUAUAAACGGGGUGGUCGUAAGGCGGGGUUCCACUGUAUCAACAUAAAACAGAACAUCGGUACUCGACACUAGCUAAAGCCGCCAUGGACAAGCGAUUUUUCAGCUUUUUGAAAUGAAAAGAUUCUUUUUGUUUAUUGGAAAUUUUGCGGCAUCUAUCAUAGAGAACGUUUCGACACAGGCUGAAGAGCAGCCGCUCUGCAAAACUUAUACCCAGCGGAGUGAAUUGUUCCGGACAAAUCAUUUCUGACGUGUCGACAAGGUUUCAGACGAGAUAAAGCCACACAAUAUAAAAACAAGAAAUUCCGCAGCAAUCGCUCAUAGUUUUAACUUUCUUUUAUCGUAAAUCUUUUUUAUUACAGUUCUUGCAAUCGCCUGCAACGUGUUCUAUUAGAGAACAAAGUAAUUUUAGAAAUCUGGUAAUCCAGGGGUAAUCUGUUCGUUAUGCUUCUAUUUUGACGAGCUGUCAAUUUACAAAUGAAACGAACCGUGAAAUAUCAAGGGGCGUUUUCCAGAAUCUUGGGGUUUGCGGGCAAGCGUUUCCUCUUCUCCCCUCUCCCUCCCCCUUCAACCUUUUUUUUGCUUCCGCUCUAACUUUCGCGCAAUAACUCGAUUGGAAAAGCUUGCUACGCAGGCUAUAUUGGGAGCCGUUGCGCAGACGGACUACCGGUAUAUCGAGUUCUCUAUCCCGGUCUUGAUCGAGUGACAAGUCCCGAUGCAAGGCAGGCUAGAAAGUAACAAACUGUAAGAUUCUGGUAGUUGUGGUCAAGUAACGUCUUCGUAAAAAUGUCUUCCUGAGGUGUCUCCAAAGAUACGUUUGAAUAAAUUGUUCUUUUCGAUAAGUAAAAAUUUAUUUAUGUCGGUCAAUGGUACUGUACAGAAAUCUGACUUUUGUCAUAAAUAAAAUAAUAAUAAUUCCGUCAUUGAAUUUACCCCCGGCAGUAUUUAUAGCACUCGGGGGCCGAGCAAAUUCCUGAAACAAACAACUUGACUUAACGGGGUUAAGGAUCCCAGCUGGCUAUUUUUACAAGCAUGGCUGAGGAUUUGAACUAGGGACUACCGAGAGCAAAUCCAGCUAGUGGUCAGGGCAGGACUUCAAAUUAGGGCUUCCGAUUUGCAAGUCCAGCGCUCUAACCACUCGGCCACGCUGCCUCUACCUCAUUCGAAGGUUCAGGAGCAUUUUAAAUAAUGGCUAUUUAAUUCAUCUUUUGAUUGAAAUCCUUUAGGACAAGGUGGGGAUUUUACCUUGUUCAUGACUGGAAAGAAACAACGUCCUAUCACGGAACCAAUGUACAGCGGGGGAAAUCUGCUCGACUUUCCAGUAAGUGCUGGAUAUGACGAGAUUGAUUAUACUGAUUUCAUUAGCAGCUACAUUGUCAACUCACAAGGAAUUGUCAUUUCUCAAAGCAUGCAUAAUGGCAACUUCUCUGCAUGUUUUGCAACUACCAGUCUUUACAGACCAAGACCCUUGCUCACUUGGUGGAUUUUUAGAAACUAUGGCUCUUUCCUUACUUUUGUCAAAGCGCAAUGGGAGAAUUCAAGAAGAAUAUAUUCCCUUGCAUGCGAUGAAAGGUUUGGGUUUGGAGUCUUUCUUAUGGAAAAUUUUGGCGCAAAUCAAGCAAUUAUAACAAACACAUCUGAUAUCCAGAAGUUUGGGGCAGAUGGUUUUAUAAUAACUGCCUGUGCGGCUCGGGGAUCAACAUUUUACAUCAUCAUGACAAAGGGCACCAAAGAAUAUGGAGAGAAAUCGCAAGAGUGGAUUACAGGCAAUACAUGGCUUGAGGUUGACACGAAAAUACGGAAAAGUUACCAAACCGGGAAAGUUAUCACCGGUAUAUGUUACUCGACUGGGCUGGAGCAGUAUUUUGUUGUGAUGACAGAGAUGCCACAUCGUCAGUGCUACGCCUGGCAAACGGACAGUACUAAAGAAGGACACUUCAAGAGAGAAAAAUGGGUGAAAAAGAAAAGUGAGAAGGGAUAUCAUCUCACCAUCAUUUUCAACGAUCCCACUGACGACAAGAUUCUGUUUGUGAUGACCAAGGAUGGAAAUAUAUCUGAAUACACUUACAGAAUUAAUCAUAAGAUGAAAAGUUAA